AAUACUUCCUCCGUCCCACUGUCUUUGUCCACUUACCUUUUGGCACACCAUCCAAUGCACUUCUUUAAUCCAUUUUAUCUUGUAAUUUGUAUAUUAAAAAAUUAUACAAAUUAUAUAUUAAUAAUCUAUAUGUUAAGACGAAUCAAACAAGAUCACACAUGACUAUUUUUAGGCUUACACGUUGAGAGAAUUUGAUGAGUCAAAGUUUGGAAGAAGAAGAAGAAGAGAAAUUAAAUGAGUGGAGCAAGAAUUGUGUCGGGAUUGAUUAGAGAGAGCUUUUGCAGGAAGCUUAAACCAAAUGGAUUUUUACCCAGAAACUAUUACUGCACUUCUUCUUCUGCCAAUCUUCCCCCUCCUCCGCCUCCCCGGUUUCCUCAUUCCUCCAAAAAGGGAAGGUUAUUUACUGGAGCUACCAUUGGUUUGCUGAUAGCAGGAGGAGCUUAUGCUAGUACGGUGGAUGAAGAAACAUUCUGUGGCUGGUUAUUCUCAGCAACAAAACUUGUAAAUCCAUUUUUUGCACUUCUGGAUCCAGAAGUAGCCCACAGAUUGGCUGUUUCAGCUGCUGCUCGUGGGUGGGUUCCAAUUGAGAAAAGAGCGGAUCCUACUGAAUUAGGCCUUGAAGUUUGGGGGAGAAGGUUCUCAAAUCCUAUAGGCCUUGCAGCUGGUUUUGACAAGAAUGCUGAGGCUGUUGAAGGUUUACUCGGAUUAGGCUUUGGCUUUGUGGAGGUUGGCUCGGUAACACCCAUUCCCCAGGAAGGCAACCCAAAGCCUCGUAUCUUCAGACUGAGAGAGGAAGGUGCUAUAAUUAAUAGGUGUGGCUUCAAUAGUGAAGGAAUUGUAGCUGUAGCCAAGCGGUUAGGUGCUCAACAUGGUAAGAGAAAGAUGGAAACUUCUAGUACUUUGGCUCCAGCAGGGGAUGAAAUUGUGCUGGGAGGGAAAGCUGGUCCUGGAAUUCUGGGGGUUAAUCUGGGAAAGAAUAAGACGACAGAAGAUGCUGCUGCAGAUUACGUGCAAGGAGUUCAUACAUUAUCCCAGUUUGCUGACUAUCUGGUGGUUAACAUCUCCUCACCAAAUACUCCUGGAUUACGCCAACUUCAGGGAAGAAAACAGUUAAAAGACCUUGUGAAGAAGGUACAAGCAGCACGAGAUGAAAUGCAGUGGGGUGAAGAAGGCCCACCUCCUUUGCUUGUUAAAAUUGCUCCAGACUUGUCCAAGCAAGAUCUAGAAGAUAUUGCAGCAGUUGCUAUUGCUCUACGGGUGGAUGGUUUGAUUAUAUCGAAUACAACCAUUCAAAGACCUGAAACUGUCAAAACGAACCCCAUGGCUCAAGAAUCUGGUGGCUUGAGUGGAAAGCCGCUUUACGAGCUAUCUACAAAUGUUCUCAAGGAGAUGUAUAUUCUAACAAAGGGAAGGAUUCCUUUAAUUGGAUGUGGCGGUAUUAGCAGCGGGGAAGAUGCAUACAAGAAAAUACGAGCUGGUGCCACUCUUGUGCAGCUCUAUACAGCCUUUGCAUACGGAGGCCCUGCUCUUAUACCCAAGAUAAAGGCUGAUCUUACCAAGUGUUUAGAAAGGGAUGGUUAUAAGACAAUCUAUGAGGCAAUUGGAGCAGAUUGUCGUCGAUAGUUUCAAGUGAUACAUAUUGCUCCAAACAACAGUGCAAUAAAAACAUAGUUUCUCAUCCAAGCAAGAGUGAUGAAAAAAACUUCUACCCGGAUUUUCUUGGCCGGCAUUUGUGAUUUUAGUUGAUAUACUAGUAUUUUCUUGAGGUUUUGAAGAGCAUCAUUUUUGAGUGGCUAUCCUAGCACAAAUGGAAAAUUUGCAGAAGUUUAUAAUUUAUCAGAGAGAAUUGCUGCUUUUUUGAAUACUAUAUAGUGAAAUCCAAUUCUGAGUAGAAAUGCUGAGUUAUGAUUGAGCUGAGUUAUGAUGAUUCCUUUG